UGCAUCGGCUGGCAAAAAGCAUCCCCUCCUCCUGCUGUCCUGUUUGUUUCUGCAAGAACCUUGCUACCCAGAAUGCUCGGCGAGGUUGACCACCAAGAUGGCUGACGCUAUGGAUGAUUAUGAGAAAGAAGCUGGAUGUGUCCCUAUUCUCCAUCCAGAGGAGCUGAAGCCCCAGAGCCACUACAACCAUGGCUACAGUGAGAAUGUGGGACGCAAGAGUCACGUGGACGACUACAGCACCUGGGACAUCGUCAAAGCCACACAGUAUGGGAUCUUUGAGCGGUGCAGAGAGCUGGUGGAGGCUGGCUAUGACGUCCGCCAGCCCGACAAGGAAAACGUCACACUUCUGCACUGGGCAGCCAUCAACAACAGGAUAGACCUGGUCAAGUACUACAUAUCGAAAGGUGCUAUCGUGGACCAGCUGGGAGGGGACCUCAACUCAACACCAUUGCACUGGGCUACCAGACAAGGCCACCUGUCCAUGGUGGUGCAGUUGCUUAAGUACGGGGCGGACCCCUCGCUCAUCGACGGCGAGGGCUGCAGCUGCGUGCACCUGGCAGCCCAGUUCGGACACACUUCCAUUGUGGCCUACCUCAUCGCCAAGGGACAGGACGUGGACAUGAUGGACCAGAACGGCAUGACGCCCCUCAUGUGGGCAGCAUACAGGACACACAGCGUGGACCCCACCCGGCUGCUGCUGACCUUCAACGUGUCUGUGAACCUGGGCGACAAGUACCACAAGAACACGGCGCUGCACUGGGCCGUGCUGGCCGGCAACACCACCGUCAUCAGCCUGCUGCUGGAGGCCAACACCAAUGUGGACGCCCAGAACAUCAAGGGGGAGACACCUCUUGAUCUGGCAAAGCAGAGGAAAAACGUCUGGAUGAUCAACCACCUACAGGAGGCCCGGCAGGCCAGAGGAUACGACAGCCCCUCAUACCUGAAGAGGCUCAAGAUGGACAAGGAGUUCCGUCAGAAGAUAAUGUUGGGCACUCCGUUUGUGGUGAUCUGGCUGGUGGGCUUCAUAGCGGACCUGGACAUCGACUCCUGGCUCAUCAAGGGCCUCAUGUACGCCGGCGUCUGGAUCGCCGUGCAGUUCCUCUCCAAGUCCUUCUUUGACCACUCCAUGCACAGUGCCCUGCCACUGGGUAUCUACUUGGCUACCAAGUUCUGGAUGUACAUCACCUGGUUCUACUGGUUCUGGAAUGAUCUCCCCCUGGUCACCAUCCACCUCCCCUUCCUGCUCAACAGCGUGGCGCUCUUCUACAACUUUGGAAAGUCGUGGAAGUCCGACCCUGGCAUCAUAAAAGCCUCAGAGGAGCAGAAGAAAAAGACUAUUGUUGAGCUGGCAGAGUCGGGGAGCCUAGACCUCAGCAUAUUCUGCAGCACCUGCUUGAUACGGAAGCCCAUCAGGUCCAAACACUGUGCCGUGUGCAACCGCUGCAUCGCUAAAUUUGACCAUCACUGUCCUUGGGUUGGUAACUGUGUGGGGAGUGGGAAUCAUCGCUACUUCAUGGGCUACCUAUUCUUCCUGCUCUGUAUGAUCUGCUGGAUGAUCUAUGGCUGUAUCUGCUACUGGCGAAUCCACUGUGCGACCAACUAUGCGAAGGACGGCUUCUGGAUGUACCUGACGCAGAUCGCCUCCUGCUCCCCCUGGAUGUUCUGGAUGUUCCUCAACAGCAUCUUCCACUUCAUGUGGGUGGCCGUGCUCAUCAUGUGCCAGCUGUACCAGAUUGCCAUUCUCGGGAUCACUACAAACGAGAGGAUGAACGCCAGAAGAUACAAGCACUUUAAAGUCACGGCCACGUCUAUCGAGAGCCCCUUCAACCACGGCUGCAUGCGUAACCUGAUAGACUUCUUUGAGGUGCGCUGCUGCGGCCUGCUGAGGCCCAAGGUGGCCGACUGGACCACGCAGUACACAAUAGACUACGACCAGACCUCCGGCUCAGGGUACCAGCUCGUCUGAUCUGAGGGACUGACUGACUGGUGGAUCCAUUGAUUACUGCGGAGGGAGAGACACAAAGAGGGGUGGCGAACGAACGAACGAAGGAGUGGAAAGAGAGAAAGAGAGGGAUGAAGAAGGAAAGGAAGGAAUACAGGAUAUACGCGCAGCUGGACGUGUGUGUGUGUGUGGACAUUGGAGGGAGAAUGUGGGACUGCUGGAAGGAGGGAGGAUUCGUUAUGUUGUAUGUUUUUUGUUUUCCUUUGCUUCAGUGAGACUGUCCCCAUUCACCCCUCCUGUUUCUUUUGCACCCCCUAUGUUGUCCUCCAACAAGCAUAUCGGGACAAGGCUGUAUCUACUAAGAAAGGGGUGCUCAGAGACUGUGUGUGUCCGUCUGUAUUUCGAAACACAAUGGUUGUGUGUAUGUACGCCAUGGCGGGGGGAGCCAGAAGAAGUUUGGAAAGCAGAAGGUUGGAUCAUCUCUGUUCACUGCAGUAGAAGUUAAUCAGCUCGACAGGAACCGCCACACCACGACUCAUGUCAUUCUCUCUCUUCUCUUCUUUUUUUAUUAAUUAAUGCAGUAUUGUUCUGUUCUAUUUCACGUUUUGUUGUCUUCGUG